CCCAAACUCAUCCUACAGUUCACUCGUUCCCUGUUGGACAAUCUGCUUCAAAUGCUUUGCACCUGUGUGGAUCUCACCGGAUCGAAUGUUGUGUUGCACGUAAGCCUCGGUUAUAGUGUACUGAUGGCAUUGGCAAAAUGCUAUCACGAUCUGCUCAUCAAACCGGCCUAUCAGGAAUUGAUCGACGCCUAUCUGAAGGGACCCGCAUUUACCUAUACGACCGUGCACUAUCCCUAUCUGCGAUUGUUAAAUUCCAUUCUCCGAGAUGUCCUGGACGAUGGCCUGACUGGCACAGAAAAUAACUUACCUGUGAUCAAUCUGAGCUCACCGACGGAACCGAAUAGCCCAUUUAUGAACAACCACAUCAGUACGGGUCGAGAGGUAACUUCCGGAACUGGGCACAUUGACGAGAAAGCGGUUGAGAUGAUCUUCUCCACAGUUGGAUGGGCCUUCCGAGUGAUUGUCCGAUCUCGGCAAUUAGAACUGGAAAGCCUUCCAAACGAUUCGGAUGAAUCCGGCCAGAAACAGAUAUUCUUCCGUCAAAUGGACGAGUUCCUCUCUCAGAUUAUCCGAGUCACUUUGCUCACAAAUCACUCUCUACCACUCAAAAUCGUCAACGCCGUAUCCCAGAUCAUACGGGACGUCUCCCUUGUCUAUCCGCGUGAUCGACUAUCUCGCUCGAUUGUGGCUCUGCUGGAUCGUAUGAUCGAUUUCCCCGAGUCGCCCAAUCGAAAAAUCCUCGUGGAAACAAUUGAAUCGCCGUUGUUUGACGAUCCAGAAUGUCGGGAAAUACUCAUGCCCGCCGUGCGAUCCACUCUAACCAAAUACUUCGCAGACAUGUUGUCAAAGGAACUGACUCCUAAUCGUAUGGAGAAACAUAUGGUCAUGGAAUUGUGGUGUGACACAAUGCUGACUUUUGUCAGUCGUUUCACUCACGUCACUCGUCAAUCAGAACAGCCCCACCUCUUGGAUUGUUUAUCCCGAUCGUCCACGCACACCGAGCGCAAGGAACUGUUUGAGAACAUGGUCCAGACCGGUUUCAUUCGAUGGGUCAUGCAACAGCUCGGGCGGGUUUUUCUGUUCGUCCAUGAACAGGAAUCCGGUGCUCGAGCAUCAAGUCAGACGGGUAGUCUGCAAUCCGGAACCAGAUCGGGACCAAUCACACCCAGCCGCGCAGAGAACACAUUACGAACAACUAGAAAUGUACAAAAAUGUGCAGUCGGUAAGAAACUGUCUACGUCCACAACACAGAAGGGUAUCAAUGCGGCUAUCCGGUUACAAGAUGUUAGGGGUUGCUUGACCAGUGUCCUGCUCACUCUGCUGGAUCAAUUUGAUGCUUCACUGUGGCGUAUUCUACUCACGCCGUCAUCGGACGACUUUCGUGGCACAUGUUCCGCCGCUCGCCUCUGCCCAGUCUGCUCGGGCCUAAGUCUUAUUCCCGUGUUUGAUUUCGUCCAUGAGCUGGUCAGUCUGUUCUCUAUGAUGCACACCUAUCCGGCCUAUCCAGCUCCGAAACGCACCUCCACAAUUGUUCAAACGGUUUCAGCAGCAGCUGCUGUCACCACCACAGCCACCACCAAGGGGACCGAGGAUGGUCAUCCCGGUCGGGAUUUGAUCGCUCUUCGAGACGAGGUCGCAUGGCCCAGUCGGAGACCGAUUGAGUUCGGUGGUGCUUGGGUUCAGAUGUUGAUGGCCGCGUCGACUGUGGAGCUACGCGUCCUGCGUACAAUCAUCGAUGUGACCCUCACUCCAAUGUUUGCUGCGAUCAACGGAGAAAGUUCUGCACUGUGCACUGAUACUGUUCGGUUGAUGGCCGAGCACACGUUUGUCACUGAAUUGGUCAACCUCGUCCAGCAUUGUCUGGGAAGUUUUGUCGUUCAACAAUCGCAUCUGUGCAUGGAAGCUCUACCCGCCGUGUUACGCACACGGGUUGAUCAGAGUCUGUACGGACGUGCGGCUGAUCUGCAUGAACGAUCCAAAGCGUUCUAUAUUCCGAUGAUUUUACCGACCGUGAUCGACAUGACUACGGUUCCGUUAUCCAAUAUUCGGGAGAACUGUGUGAAUCUGAUUUUCGAUGCUCUGCACGUCAGUCCAAGUCGGGUGGAACGGGUAUUUGUCAGCGAGAUCGACCGUGUGAUGCAAUGGGCUGGCACGGGAUUUGCUGCGGACAUGUAUCGUCUACUAGGCGAUAGACUUCGAGCCACAAAUUCACCGCAGUUGGAUGCGCGUCGGCAACGCCUGAUCACAGACUUGCUUAGACAAAUUGAAUGUCUCCUCAACUAUGGCGAGUUUCUCAAUCAUCCGUCCAGGCUGAGUGAAAUGUUGGCCUUACAUAAUCUCCGAGUAGGGCUAUGUCUAUCGGGCGAUGUCCAACGAUUAGUAGAAGCUAUGCUCCACUUCGAUGAUGAAGAAUUCCGUAAAGCAUUAGAGACAACUUCUCAGUUUCGGACUUUAUACGAAUCCAUUGGUCGGAAAGAUAUGAUGCUACACUAUCUGUACCGGCUGGAAGGCUUACACGCUGAGGAUGGUAAUGUCACAGAACGUGGCUACACUCUGCAAAUGAUUAGUAAACAGUAUACGUGGAGUGAAGAACCCGUGGACACCACCGCGAUCGCAGCACACUACGCCCCGUACGGAGAUGCCUCAUCGCGAGCUUUACGUGAACGUCUGCUCCUCGACAGUUUGGAGUGUUUGAAAGAGGCCACGGAUUUCGAGGGUGCUAUCGAAGUUUGCGAGCAACUAGUCGAGCUCUAUCGGACAAUCGCACCCAAUUUCCCGAAUCUCAGUCGCAUUCUGCGCGAGCAAGCUGAACUGUACGAACGUGUGGUCAGUUCGAACGAGCCUCGACUCACGUUCUACUACUACCUGCUCACAUUUCACGGUCCCGGCUUCGCAUCCUUUCUCACGGAACGCACAAAUUGUCUGAUUUAUCGGACACAAGCCAAAUUGAUCAAUUUGGUCAAUAUGCUACACGAACAAUUUCCCCAGGCCACUGUACUGAACAAUCCACCGGAACCGGGGCAUGUGUUUGAUCACCCGUGCAUUUUCCCCUCAGGCAAUGUGAAACCUGUUCCCAUGCUGCCCGCGCAUGUGGCCGCACGUGGAGUGGACGCGAAAAUCAAAAGCUACUACCUCCACAACCGAGUCGAGUGUUUCACUUAUCUUCGUCCCGUACCGAAGAGUACGAAAGAAACACGUGAUCGUCCCCAGUUUGAACAGAUUCGUCACUAUGUGGCCGAGAUCAUGCCUGGUACAAUGCCCAUCAUGCCUGUGAUCCGGACCGAGCGGAAAUUACUCAGUCCUACUGAACUAGCCAAUGAUCAGGUGGGCGAAAUGAUCCGCCUCCUCGAAAGUCGAUUGGUUAAAGUGACCGGUCCGAAUGGGAUGAUGCAUGUGAAUGAGUUUGUCGGAACACUCACUUCCUCGAUCAACUCGCCUGUCUCUGGCGGUUUGCCCAAAUUGUUGGAAUCUGUCGAACUGUCAGACGAUAUCGGUCAAGAGAACAGUUUCUCUACNGCCGGUCUGGAAGCGUGGUACCGAAUUGAUCCACCACCCGGUCCUGGCGUUCGUCUGGGUGACCCGAACGCCUCGGGCAAUUUCAAUUUGCAAACUAUGGUGGACAGUUACGAGACCCUAGUCCGGGAUAUGAGUUGCAAAUUCGGCUUUGCUGUGGCCCACUUGAAGGCUAGUCAUCUGCGCUACGGUUUGGAUAGUACGGUACCCGCGUCACCGUCAUUCAACACCGGAGGCGGCUUUGGUGGUGGUGGUAGUGAUUGUUCUGGACUAACCGAACGUCGAGCCAGUUCCGGCGCGACCACACUGCUGCGGUCCGUCGCGUCCGGUGCGGCGUUCCUCGGAACAACGGAAAAUCUGGGAAGCCCUGCCCAGCUCCCUUCCCCGUUUUGGACUGCAUCAACAAUCCUAAUUCAUCGACCCAACUGUGAGGGUUGA